UCGAAGAAUGUCUUCCACCUAUGACAUUUGAUCCCCUCUACGGCAUCUUUAUUGCUUUCGGACUGAUGAUUGUUCCCAACGUGGAUAAAUAUCAAGCCCUGUGAUUUAUCUGUACCACACGGUAUCGAUGCUUUAUUCUUCACUAAUGUAUAAGGAUUCCGUCGCCUCGGGGCUUCCAGUCAUCCUACCCUAACAUGCCGGGAAGUACACGUAGAGUACUCCUUAUCCUAGACGCCCAAACGGCCGCCCUCUCUCCGCCACCCACCGGGAUUCCCUCCUCAGAAACGGUCCGCAAAAAUAUAGCCCAGAUUUUAGGAGCUGCACGGUCUGCGAACCCGCCACCGUUGAUAAUCCAUAUUCGAACUGCGGGUGACGUGGGAGAGCCCGACGAGCCAAAGUCGCCGGGAUGGGAGCUCGUCAAUCCCCCGUUGCUAGGCGAGCCAGUGAUCGAUAAGAAGAAGAACAAUGCUUUCGCAGGGACGAAUCUCGGGGAACUCAUAGUACCUGAUGCAGAGAUCGUUGUGGUUGGACUACAGUCGGAUUUCUCUCUGAGAGCUACUUGUAGCGCUGCAUUAGAUCGGGGUAACGUGGUGUUGAUGAUCCGGGGUGCCCAUGGGACAUAUGAUCGCUUAGAGGUGCUUUUUGGAGGAGGGACCACAGCUGCGGAGGCGGUUGAGGCAGAGACGGAAGCGGAGCUGGAAGAGGCCGGAGUUUGCGUUCUAGAGAUGAAAGAUCUUCCGGGUAUCUUCAGCAAUCGGUAGUAUUGCAUUUAUAUUUUGGAAAGAUGAAUCUAAUAAUGUACAGCCCAAGAAACUGUACAGAGAGUUUUCUAACCUUCCUCGGGCAAGUGUUCGGCUCCUCGUGCAAUCGA